AUGGCCUCUUCCCAAUUCUUCAUCCUUGCCAUCGUAGCAAUUCUUGUCCCUUCAAUUUUGGCCAAGGAAUUCGUGGUUGGUGAUCAGAAGGGUUGGACCAUUAACUUUGAUUACCAAGAUUGGGCCAUCGGAAAGGAGUUCCAUGUCGGUGACAAACUAGUUUUCAAGUAUCCAAAGGGAGUCCACAAUGUUUUAGCAGUCAAUGGAUCUAGUUUCCAAAAAUGUGUGGCACCGGCUGGAACUCAACCCUUAACUAGUGGAAAUGAUGUAAUUACCCUAGCAACUCCAGGCAUAAAAUGGUACAUUUGUAGUGUUCCCAAUCAUUGUCAGGUUGGAAACCAAAGGCUCAUUAUAAUAGUGGAACCUUCUCCCGCUUCGGCACCUUCUCCCAAUUGA